AACUUCAGCGAUAGCUUCGAACUGUUUUUUUUUUUUUUUUUUUAAUAGAAAACGAGAGCUCCAAACUUGUUCCACAGAUCUAGCGCAUCGGUGUCACAAAUGGGGCAUAAAGAGUUGAAAAACAAGACAGAGAAAAAAACCCGUGAACAUUACGAUGGUGAUGACGAUAAUGAAGAUUAUGAUGAUUGUUGGCGGUGGAUUGCCCACAAGGGAAUUGGGUUUUCAUUCAUGUCCAUUGGUGUUUUUGGAUUGUUGGUGAGAUUGGGUGUUUCAUUACACCCUUAUUCAGGAGCUGGGAAUCCUCCAAACUAUGGAGAUUUUGAGGCCCAGAGGCAUUGGAUGGAAAUAACUCUUAAUGUCCCAAUCAAGGAUUGGUACACCAACACCACUCACAAUGAUCUUUCCUAUUGGGGACUUGACUAUCCUCCCCUCACUGCUUACCAGAGCUACUUCCAUGGCCUCUUCCUCAGACUCUUUCAUCCCGAAUCCGUCUCGCUUUUCGCUUCCCGCGGCCACGAGUCCUAUCUGGGGAAACUUCUCAUGAGGUGGACAGUGUUAUCCUCAGAUGCUUUGGUGUUUUUCCCUGCAGUUUUUCAUUUUAUUAUCGUGUAUCAUGCCGGCCGUAAAAGUGGCCGUAAAAGUGAGAUUGCUUGGCAUAUUGCAAUGAUUUUGCUUAAUCCAUGCCUCAUCCUCAUCGAUCAUGGUCAUUUUCAGUACAACUGCAUCAGCUUGGGCCUAAUUGUCGGAGCUAUUGCCUCUAUUCUCUCAAACAAAGAUCUUGUUGCUUGUGUCUUAUUUAGUCUCGCUCUUAGCCACAAACAGAUGAGUGCAUAUUUUGCACCUGCAUUUUUCAGCCAUCUCUUGGGUAAAUGUCUGAGGCGUUCAAAUCCACUUCUUGAGGUGCUAAAACUGGGCAUUGUGGUAUUGGGAACAUUUGCUGUCAUCUGGUGGCCAUAUCUCUAUUCCAUGGAAGCCUUUCUGCAGGUUCUUUCUCGUCUAGCUCCCUUUGAGAGAGGGAUAUAUGAGGACUAUGUGGCUAAUUUUUGGUGCACCACUUCAGUUCUUAUAAAAUGGAAAAGAUUGUUUACAACACCAUCAUUGAAGCUUCUCAGCUUUUGUGCAACUAUCUCAGCUUGUCUGCCUUCAAUGUUUCAGCAGAUAUGGGCUCCAAGCAAGCAAGGCUUCCUUUACGGGUUGCUUAACAGUGCUUUCUCAUUUUACUUGUUCUCCUUCCAAGUGCAUGAGAAGUCAAUUCUGCUGCCUCUCCUCCCAGCAAGUCUUUUAGCAAUUGAAGAGCCUUUUGUUCAUAGUUGGAUGACACAUUACGCCUUGUUCUCAAUGUUCCCUCUUGUAGUGCGAGACAAACUGGUUCUACCUUACAUCGCUCUAUCCCCGCUCUUUUUCCUAUUCAACCGUGCGGGGCCUACUCGAGCCCAAGCUACCGGAGAAGCAAAUUCCUUGAGAUCGUUUUUGACGGCAUUUUUCCUUUUCUGUGCACUCAUUCUUCAUGUAGUUUACGUGACCGUGAAUCCGCCCCGCAGAUAUCCUUUCCUUUUUGAAGCUUUGAUUAUGCUGCUUUGCUUCUCACAAUUUGUAUCACUUACCGUCUAUACUAACGCAAAACAAUGGAUGAUGUUGAAACGCCCGACUUUGGUAGAUAAAGACAAGAAGAUCCUUUGAGUCUUCUUUUUUAUUUAUUUAUUUUAUUUUCCUGUGGUAUUCAGGAAAUGAAGAACGUUUAAUUUUUCA